GAUAGGCAUUUUCCAUUGGUAAAUAGACUGAAGGAUAACCAAAAAAUAAUUAAUUAUCAAAAUCUUAUCUAAACCUCAUACUUUUUGGAACGCUUUGUUCAUGAUCAAACAAAAAACCUAGGGCAAACGUAUUUUCUACGCAGCUAAAUUAAUUGACUGUAAUGUAGUAAGACUUACAUGUCAAUGAAGGAACCAUCUCCAUUGAGAAUAUAAACCGGAACACACCCAAUGUAAUUGACAAGAAUGACGAUUUAUGAAAUUUUCCUUUUACAAGUGACAUAUGUGUUAUUUUUCGGGUUACACAUUUUGCCCAUAUUAUUUUUUUAAAUAAUCAUAAUAAGUCAUAUUCAAGAUGCAAGUACCUCCAGUUUUCAUUGAUAUGUCCUUAGAGGAUCAGGCUCAAGAACUUCGGGUAUAUUUGAAAAAUCUUGGAGCGGAAAUAUCGGAAGAGAAAUCACCAAAAGGCAUUGAAGACGAUUUACAUAAAAUCAUUGGGGUAUGUGACUCAUGCUUUAGAGAAGGCCAAGAAAGUGAUGUUGAAAUGGUGUUAAAUGAUAUAGUCUCUAUCAUGGUCCUGAUACCAUUAGAGAGAUCUGAAAAUAUUAUCCUAGCUUUUUGUGAGAAGUUAACAAAAGCCCAGGGUCAAAAAUUGGGUUUGGUAUGUCUUAGAGCGUUGUGGUUACUAUUCCAAUCUCUAGAUGAUAGAUCACCAAUGCGUUAUCCAGUAUAUUACCAUCUCAUACAAAUUGCCAAACAAACAGACGCCGUCAAGUUUGUAUUUCAAAAUAUUGAUCAUCUCAAACAGCAAUUUGCUAACUGUCCCCCAUCUAAUGAACAAUUACAAAAACUGUACAGACUCUUGCAUGAAGUGUUAGUCAAAUCUAAUCAGAGUGAACAAGCAGCUCUAGUUAUGAUUGAAUUACUUGGAACUUACACUGAUAAAAAUGCGUCACAUGCAAGGGAUGAUGCAAUACGUUGCAUAGUAUCUGCAUUAGCAGAUCCAAAUACAUUCCUUCUUGACCCGUUACUAUCUCUAAAACCUGUGAGAUUUUUGGAAGGCGAGCUUAUACACGAUUUACUGAACAUUUUUGUUAGUGAAAACUUGUCUGCUUAUCUCAAAUUUUAUAAGGAACACAAAGAAUUUGUUAGCGCCCAAGGAUUGAAUCAUGAGCAGAAUAUGCAGAAAAUGAGAUUAUUAUCAUUUAUGCAACUUGCAGAAUGUAAUCCUGAAAUAUCAUUUGAUGUUAUUGAGAAGGAGCUGCAAAUACCGGCAGAUGAAGUAGAAUGUUUUAUUAUAGAAGUUUUAAAAACGAAAUUAGUGCGUGCAAGAAUGGACCAGUCUGCCAAAAAAGUAUUUGUAUCAAGUACAAUGCACAGAACUUUUGGAAGAGCACAAUGGCAACAAUUGCGCGAUUUACUCCAUUCGUGGAGAGGUAACCUGAGUACUGUACAAGAAGGCAUGAAGAGUGUUGCCGCAGCUCAGCUAGAACUUAUGAAUCAACAGUAAUUAUUGACUUAAUAAUAAUUUCUAAUAAAAUAUUAUAAGGUG